CCACACUUCAACAUCAUGCAUCGCUGUUUUCAGAUACCUGAAAUCGCUGACAACAUCGUCUACUAUGUUAAUGCAGGAUUCAUUAAUGUGGCUCUGGUAUCGCGUUCAUUCUAUGAACCGGCGAUGAAUGCGGUGUGGAGGAAGCUGGACGGGAUAGAGCCGCUUGUUCGACUGCUACCUGAGAGCCUAUUGGAAGAGAACGACGGAGAUCUUCUCGUGGCUAAAGGGAUACCUUCUGCCGAUGAUUGGUCGCGCUUCAGGCACCACGCAUCCCGUGUACGAGAGUUACGCCUCUCAUGGCUUGAUGAAGAAGACGAGAGCUAUUGUCAUAUCGACUUCUCCGUCUACCGCUUUUUGCGUGAUCACUCUCCGUUCGAGUUCCUCUUCCCUAACUUACAGGAGCUGUCGUGCUACGACUCAAUACUGGAAGUUCUCGACCUAUUCAUAGGACCUUCAGUCAAAAGUUUGACUGUUGGCGGCGAAGAAGAUAUCUCUCCUGGUAUUUUCUCCAUUAUAGUAAAGCACGGGCAGCAACUCUGUGAGCUGAGGCUUCUAGAUUAUAUCGAUCUCGACGAUGAGGACGCGAUUGAAGCGGCUUCGCGGGCGCUUUCUUCGCUAAACGGCCUUACUACGCUCAAGUGGAACUGCUCAGUGCCGGAAGAUGCCCUGUUACAUCUUGCACGACUUCCAACCCUUACGAAUCUCACGUGCGCGCUUUCUGACACCACCUCCUGGGACCUUUUAGCGAACCAUGAGCACGCUUUUUCGUCCCUUCAUAAGCUGGUACUUCUUGUGUCACCGCGGCAGUUGCAACACGCAACCUCCUUUCUUUCUAGUAUAAGCCCACGACUACUCGUACAGCUCGAAAUAUGCAUAGGCUUGGGCUGUGCUUUCGAUAGACCGGCGUCCCUCGACAUCGGUGCAUUUACGACGUUGCUCGCCUCGAUAUCCCGCAUUCAUACUCUGAUCUCCCUCGAACUCAAAACCAGUCCCUCAUCUCCAGCGAUUCCAGGCACGGCACUCUCACCCCUUUUUGACCUGAGUAAUCUCCGUCGGUUCCAUACCGAUGGGUUCCCAUUCACCUUCGUCCCUGCUGACAUCCAUGCCAUGUCCAAAGGGUGGCGCAAGGUCCAGAAACUCCGUUUUUCAUCAUCCUUAAACGGCUCUUCCACACUAUCCCUGAACGAUUUGCUGCCAUUCGCUGCGAACUGCCCCGAUCUCACUCUGUUCGCCAUGCGGGUCAGCGGCUCUCCCUCAACGCCAACGCAGAUGUCCUGCAAUCCUCAAUCUUCCCUGAAAUUGCUCGAUAUAGGUGGGGACGUCGCGGAACAUACGGAAGGGUGCUCUGCAUUCCUAUCCAGAGUGUUCCCGCACGUUAGACUGGAAUCGUGGUCCUGUCGUACGCCCGCAGAGCAUGCAGCCGUCAAACAGAUCAAUGAGGCUUUGGAGGCGCGGCGACCAGGACAAUGAAACAUUAGAAGAAGUUUCCAUCCUCCAAUAUACAUCUCUCAGUUAGUAUGUAGUUGGUCAGCAUCAACUCACAUGGCGUAAGUCUUAUAUCUCUGACUUCUGUCCUGCAGAUGCCGUUCAAGCCCUGUGAAGCUUCGAAGGUCCGAACUUUGGCCAGGACACUAGUACUUCAUAAUUGAUACUCAGUGUGGACCAGAUCCCGUGGCUGUAUUGGAAUCUUGAACUAUCCUCCCGAAGCAAUUUGCAUUCAGUAAUUCG